AUGGACAAAAUCACAUUAACUGUGUUUACCGAAGACUUCGCGAAACUUUGUUUUAUGUGCCAUGUCUGUGAUGACUUAUUUUUAUACGAAGACGAUUUAAAAGAUCAUGUCAAAGAGCACGGAAACACAAAAUGUUACGUGUGUGUGGCAUGUGAUGCUGCAUUCACCGAGGCUGUAGACCUCCAUCGUCAUGAGUGCGACUUUACCGAAGACAGUCCUCACUCGGAAAAAUACAUGGCCAGCCUAAACGACAGUUCGAAUCACAGCCCGCUUGAGGAAACACUUCUGACAGAUGAUCAACAAAACCAUGAGGUGAACCCUCCUAAACCAGAAGAACACUUGAAACACAAUUGCGUUAAAAAACAAAACACUAUGAAAUGUAAUGUAUGCGGGAUUUGUGGUGUUAUUUUCGACAUUGAAAGCAGUUUUUUGUGCCACAGGAUGGAGCAUCAAAUGGAAUAUUGCUAUUGUGACAUUUGUGAAAGAAAAUUGCGUGGAUACCGCCUCAGGAAACAUAUAAUGACCCAUGCAAGACGAUUCUCGUGCACCCAGUGCGACAAAAUGUUCUCAAAUAAAAGGUUUCUGCAGAAGCAUCAACAAGUUCACUCCAAGUCAGAAAAUGGACAAUUGAGCGAAGUUGGCCUAACCUGUGAAAAGGGAAAGACCAUAAGUGAAACAGCAAACGUCCAUCAGUCUGGUGAUGGACCAACAGGACAUAGUUCGCCCUCACCUGUAUCUGCACCUCAAGUGAAAUAA